ACAAAGAAAAACAAACGGAAUCAGUUAGGCCACAAAUAUGGAAUCUUCUGUUUUUCUGAUAUGGUAUUAGUCAUCGUAAUGUGAUUAUAAAGCUCAAAAGAUUGAUUGAAUGGACGAUUAAGUAAGUCGAUCACCAGUUUUCUUGAUUGGAGAUCUUGUGAAGAGAGACUUUCACCAUGUCUUGGCUCUUUGGAACGUCGUCUUCACCGUUCGAUCAGGACGUUGAAAAAGUUACAAAUGAGAAGAAUACAACAGAGGAGUGGGGUGACAUAAUGAUGGUGUGUGAUCGUGCUGGUGGAUCUACUCAAAAUGCGAAAGAUUGCCUGCGGUCGAUCAUGAAACGGCUUGGUCAUCCUGAUCCCCAUGUCGGGCUACAAGCAUGUACACUCUUAGAUGCUUGUGUCAAGAACAGUGGGAACCGCUUCCACUUGGCUGUUGCAUCACGAGAUUUUGAGCAAGAAUACCGGAAGCUCCUCAACAAGUCCCAUCCACGUGUAGCUGAGAAAAUGAAGGAGCUCCUCCAGAAGUGGGCUGAAGGAGAAUUCAAAUCAGACCCACAACUUGUUCACAUACCGUCAUUUUAUAAGAGCCUACAGGCAGAGAAUGUUGAUUUUACACCCCGUGAUCCAAAGCCAAGAUCCUCUGUCAUCAGUAAAGAUCCGAAUGUUGCCUUGAGUCAGGAGGAGGAGGAUGAUUUAGUCAAAGCAAUUACCCUGUCUUUAAAGGAUGUCUCAACAAAGUCUCGAGGUGAAAGCUUAUAUCCAUCUACUACUGGAGCAAGCUCAGUAAACGUUCACGGUUCUGUCUCUCACAAAUUGGAAGCUCGUAAAGUACGAGCUCUCUAUGACUUUGAGGCAGCUGAAGAUAAUGAACUUACCUUUAAAGCAGGAGAACUCAUACAUGUUCUGGAUGAUUCUGAUGCAAAUUGGUGGAAAGGAUACAAUAAGAGAGGAGAAGGACUCUUUCCUUCAAAUUUUGUUACUGCUGACUUAUCAGCUGAACCCGAAAAUUUUAAAGAUGAACCUCAAAAGAAAGUAGUUCAAUUUAGCGAUGAGGUGACCGUUCAAGUAGCACCAAAGGAGGUAGUUGAAAUCAAUGAACAAAAAAUAGAUAGGCUCAGAGAUCUCUUGCAUGAAGCAAAUCCUGAAGAUGACCAGUAUGAUACCACAGAGAUGUUGGAUUUAGAAGAACAAGUCAAUGCUAUGGGACCUCUCAUUGACAACGAGCUGGAGCGAGUUGACCGCAAACAUGCUCAACUGACCCAACUUAGUUCGGAUUUAGUUGAAGCAUUAAAUUUGUACCACACCUUAAUGCGUGAACCUGGUCCUCAAGCUGUGCCUUCCCCAUAUCACCAAUUGGCAAAGGGGCCACCUUUUCCAUACCAGCCUGCCUUGCCUCAUAUGUACAAUGGCACACCUCAUGGAGGUCCUGGUUAUAGUUUACCACCAGACCAAUUUGGCAUGCAACCGCCUUCUGGACCUGUCUCAAUGCCCCCAAUACAACCCUACAUGAAUGCUAGAGGUCCUCAGGGUACUGAAGGUAUGCCUGGGGGACCCAUUUCCUACCAAGGAAGCCCAAUGUUUGCUGUAGGUGGCAUGGUUGGUUAUCCUUCACCUCAUACUCAAUACAUCCCUGGCCCUCAAGGACCACAAACAGGACCUCCCCACCCACAAGGUCCACCUCAAGGCCCGCCACAAGGCCCUCCUCAGGGACUUUCCCAGGGACCUCCACAGGGGCACCAAAUUCCCUCAUUACAACAAUCACAGCCACCUCCACCCGGUGUAUAUUCUCCUCCAAGUCAGCAGCUCCUCUAAAGGCUCUACCCCGAGAUUCAGAGAACAAACCCUGGGGCAAGCUAUUUGUUUCUUAUCUUAUUGAUUUUGGGACUAGUUUAUUUUCAAUUAUUGUAGUCACCUUUUAAAAUAAUUGCUGGGGCAAGAAAUGAAAGUGAGUUGUUAGCAAUUAUUAAAUUGUUUUCAGUAUCCAAGUAAAUAUGUUUAAAAUUUCAUAUAUUUCUAACUGCAUUUUAUUUGAGGUAAAUGAAUUUAGAAUGUCAGAAAGGUAGAAUGAAAUAAUUGUCUAUUAGCUUUUUAAGAUUAUCAGGAUUUUGUUUUGAAAAAGAAACACUGGGAAAAUUCCUUAUUACAUUUCAAUGUUGUCUUUUUAAAAUAAAAUGAAAAAGAUGAGAGCUACCCUGUAGCUCUGAGUCUACUGUGAUGUUUUACCUUUGAUUCAAAUGGUCAUACAGGUAUGGUUAUUAAGCUUGUGGUGUUAAAGCAGGGAAAAUGAACAGUCAGUGCUGAUCCCAUAGGGAUGAUGAUAAGGCUACUGAGUACAUCUUCCCCCUCUGUUAUUAUUAUCCUUAGCCACAAGCAUUUUCUAUUGAAGCUUUAUUUGUUGUUUAAUGUUUGUUUUAUUAGUUUUCAAUAAUAACAAAGUCUUGUUCUUUUCAUGAACACAUUUAUUUUUAACGAAAUCAUUCUAUCCUCUUUCAAUCCCAUCUGUGGUCUUCCUGUUAUAAAUGGAUGCGUAAAAAUAAAGUUCAAUUUUCUCUUAGAGUCCCUUUCCAAUGCUUUGUCAUCAUCAGGUUUCAUUCUCAUUGCUAUUAUUUAUGUCUGUAGUUUAUAUUAUUACACAAUCAUUUAGGUCACUGGAAUAAAAAUGGAUGAGUAUUUAACAGUUCACUUCAUUUCAGCACUCCUUGGAACAAUGUUCACAUUUUAUUUUGCUGACUCAUUCAAUCCAUCCAAUAAUCCUCCCCUCGCUAAGAAAAAAAUUGCUUAUGUUCUACAUACAUAAGUACAUGUUUUGGCUAGUGUGGUAAACAAAGUGACAUGUUGAUUGUGCUAAUUUACCCUACAAUGAAGCACAUGAACAAUUCAAUAUAAUAUGAUGUGUUAGGAUGGUCUAUUGAAGUUUCACAGGUCAAAGAUAAGUGAAAUCUUUGGCGGCUAAGGAGAAUGAAGAAUGAUGUUGAGAUUAGGAUCAAAAGAAACCUGUACAUUUAUCAGCAAAUAAUGUCAUUUUGGCAAAUGUCUGUGUACCGUGCGACAUGCGACUGAUACAAAUUGCUGUGUACUCUUUGUAACAUAUUUUAUUAAAAAUUUGUUUGUAAAUAAUG